AUGCGUGGUGGAUCUGUGGCAGAUCGUUGGCCACUGGCGCUGAUGUUCCUGGAGGAGAUGUGGAGGGCCGAACUACGUGUCGAUGUCACUGCCCUCAACACCGCUUUGAGCGUCGUGGCAUGGCCCUGCACGCUGGAAUUGCUGCAGAUGUUUGGUACCUCGGCGGUGAUGCAAUAAAUUCAGAUUCAUGUGCCAAGCACUUUGAGAGCUGUUGCUAGUGGGAGAUGCCUUUUUCAAGACCUUUGUGCUAAGCCAAACAUGAGCUAAAGAGGUCACAUUAAAGCUGGUGCAGCGUGUUUCUUCUCCUUUGGGCUCAUUGGCCAAACCUGCCAAAUGAGGGUCCUUGAGCUCUGCAGCCUGUCGGUUGUGCAGCCCGCGAUGGCUUCUCAUAGAACUGAAUGCAUGCGACGCCAGCUCCUUUGCAGACACCAGCGCUUCACGAAGUCAAACAUU